AUGCUGUCUAGUUACGUCUCCGACGCAGCAGCAGCAUCAUCAGCAGCGUUGGGGGCCCCCCUGGGCCCCCUAAGCAGCAACAGCAGCAGCAGCAGCAGCAGCAGCAGCAUGGUAUCUCCGCUGCUGCGCAGCAGCAGCGAGACUUUAUCUGUGCCUUUUACAGCAGCGGCAGCAGCAACUGCAGCAGCAACUGCAGCAGCAACUGCAGCAGCAACUGCAGCAGCAACUGCAGCAGCAGAAACUGCAGCAGCUAUAGCAGCAACUGCAGCAGCAGCAGCAGCUGCUGCAGUAGCAUCUACACCACAUCUAUACCAGAAACGGCAGCAACUGCAGCAGCAACUGCAGCAGCAACUGCAGCAGCAACUGCAGCAGCAACUGUAG